UUUCGAAUGCGCGAACGUGAUCUUAUCGAGGAAGAAAAAAUGAAGCGAAGCAGAGAAAAAGAAGUAGACGGAAAAGCCAUGGCGCAGUUCGUUCUACGCGAUAUCUUUUUUCGAAGAUCAAGCCUCGAAGAGUUUCGAUCCGUCGAUUUUAUAUACGCGCAGAGCACGUACCGAGUGCGGUAUCAAAGACGAUAAAAUGUGUGAGCGCCUAGCACGAGUUAGUUUUACUUAAAUUUCAUUGUUAGAAACUUCGAACGAUUCUGAAGAGAUUUGUGCACUUCAUUUCGGGGAUAAAUCACUGACGUUCAUCGAAGACGCCGAUCGGUGAAGGAACGAAAGAAGAGAGAGAGGAAAAUUUCGAGAAACUGGGAAGUUACGUACGGGAGACUUACCAAUCGUAAGGAAGCUUACAAUCAGCGGAUUUGCUUGGAAUGCUGAAAAACAAUAUUUAUAUCGGGCAAAACGUGGGCAAGAGACUGUUCGACGAAGAUACUCACUCGUGCGAAAUAUUAUUCGAACGAGGGCCUACGUGAUUCCGUGUACGUGCUCGUCGAUUCGUAGGAAGGUGUAAGGCUGUGAAACCUGUAGACUGGCAGAGACACCGAUCGACGGCCUACGUUGCCUCUCUUCUGCCGAAGAAUCGAGCGAAUGACGAGAAUCGAAAAGAAGGACGGUUUUAUUCGAUUAACGCGUUACCCGAUAUCGAAACUACUAAUUUCUAACUAAUUACGUAAGACAGAGGGUCCUGUAAUAUGGGUACAAUGAAUACAGAAAUCAAUGAAAAUGAGAUUAACAAAAGAUUGAACAAGGCGAAUUCCAUCGAGGAAUUCUACGCUGGUACCGGCGUCCUUGUCACCGGAGCGACAGGUUUCGUGGGGAAAGGUCUCCUGGAAAAAUUGAUGCGCGUUUGUCCGCGUGUCACCGUCAUCUUCUUACUGAUCCGCCCGAAAAGUAACCAAACGAUAGAGCAACGAUUUAAGAAGCUCAUAAACGAUCCCAUCUACGAUGGCGUGAGAGCGAAAUAUCCCUCGGUUCUCGGCAGGGUACAGCCCGUAAGGGGUGACGUGAGCCUGCUGAAUCUAGGUCUCUCGCCGGAAGACAGGAAUCUGUUGCAGAAGAAGGUGAACAUAGUGUUCCACAUGGCUGCCACGGUAAGAUUCAACGAGCCUCUGAGCGCGGCUGUCAAUAUGAAUACGAAAGGCACUGCUCGUAUCAUCGAACUAUGCAAGGAACUGAACCACGUAAUCAGCAUCGUCCACGUUAGCACAGCUUACAGCAACGCGAAUCUACCUCAAAUCGAGGAGAAAGUAUACACCACGAGUUUGGAACCUUCUACGGUGAUCAACAUGUGCGACAAACUAGAUGUCGAAUUGAUCAACAUGUUAGAGAAAAAGAUCCUGGAAACUCAUCCGAACACGUACACGUUUACGAAGAAUCUAGCAGAGCAAAUUGUAGCUAGCGACAGCAAAGGUUUGCCAGUUGCGAUAGUACGGCCAAGUAUAAUCGGUGCCUCGCUGGAAGAACCGUGUCCUGGCUGGCUAGAGAAUAUCUUUGGAGUUACAAAUAUCUUUCUGCAAAUCAGCAAAGGUUCUGCGAAAGCUAUUUGGGGCAGGAAGGACGCGAGAUUGGAUUUAGUGCCUGUGGAUUUCGUAGUCGACACGAUAAUGUGCGCCGCGUGGCACGUCACGCUACAUCAUCGCGAUAAUGAAGUUAAGGUUUACAACUGCACGAGUAACGCGUACCCUUUUAAAUGGGGUCAGAUGAAAGAUGCCAUGGUAAAAUGUAGCAUAGAAACGCCGCUGAACGGUACGCUAUGGUACCCGGGUUGUCCGAUGGUAGCUAACAGAUAUAUUUACAACGCCCUCAACCUAAUCCUGCAUGUUCUGCCUGCGUUCGUCAUAGACAUCUUUUUAAGAUUUCGCGGUAAUAAGCCGAUAAUGAUGAAAAUUGUCAAAUAUUGCUACCAACUUGUAACAGUGACAGCGUAUUUUACCAUGCACGAAUGGACCUUCCAAAGGGAUAACAUUACCGACAUGGUAAAGAAAGUGAAAACGUUAAAAGACGGCAAUGUCGUGAAACUAGACUUGCAGGAUAUGAAUUGGGAGAAAUAUAUCGCGACAUAUAUGAUGGGAAUUAAAAAAUUCAUUCUGAAAGAAGAUCUUGAAUCUAUGGAUGCUGCCAGACAACGAUUAUCAAAGUUGUACUGGAUACAUCAGACAACUCAAAUAUCCGCUAUAAGCUUUUUGCUAUGGAUAAUAUUACGUGUUACGUACUGAUCAUUCGAACGUUAUUCCUUCUACUUAAAUGAAAAAAGAAGUAGAUAAGAUUUUAUGAAAAAAGGAAUCAUUAUCCGUUUCAUUUAUAAUCAGGUCACUUCAUUUAUAGUAUUGCAUGUUUUGUCUAUAAAAUUUUAAUAAGGAUAUAUGUAUUUAUACGCAUACACUUUGAAAUUUGUAAACAAUUCAUACAUAACAAUUUCUAUACUUAAUGCUGUUUGUUGUACAAUAUUUGCGAAUUCUUGUGUGUUAUCUUUGUAUACGCGUAUCUUCGAAGAUCCUUCCAUUAAAUUAAAACAAAAAAUAAAAUGUGCUGAAAUAUUUAA